AUGGACUCGAAAUUCUCAGAAACAAGUGCCUCGAGGUUCCUCCCUUGGAUUUUUGUAGCCUUUGUCGCCGCGUAUAUUUUGAACACCCUCUAUCAAGCCUACGCAACACCACUACGAGACAUACCAGGACCAUGGCUUGCGAAAUUAACUCGUUUCUGGCUCUUCAACGCCAACAUCCAGCGUAAUUUCCAUUCGACGAAUGUGAAUCUGCACCGAACCUAUGGGCCGAUAGUCAGAAUAGCGCCAAAUGAGUACAGCGUAGAUGAUCCAGAAGCAGCACAGAACUCGCCAUGGUAUUUAGGAUUUGCGAACCCCACAGCAGAACAACAUGUGUUCACAAUACAAGACGUCAAGCACCACGCCGCUAGGCUUCGGCAAGUCAAGAACCUCUUCCAGCUCGGGGCCUUGAUGAAGUUCGAGAAUCACGUAGAUCGCAUGAUGAAUGUAUUUCUGAAUCAAUUGGAGACUUUCGCGAAGCAAGACCAGUCUUUCGACCUCGCUGAAUGGUUUAAUCUAUUCUCAUUUGAUACGAUUGGUGCCAUGACGUUUGGCAAACCGUUUGGAGUACUCGAAGAAGGCGGCGACAUUAACGAUAUUAUUUCUAACAUAGCUAUGGUAUCGCGCUACGGGGCUUCACUUGGAGUGUUUCAUGAGUUCUACCCAUUGAUAUAUCGUGUCCUGCAACUCUUCGCACCCAAAAAGAUCGUAGGGAUAGCCUUCGUCGAACAAUUCACAACCGAAGUCACCGAAGAAUGGAAACAACAGUCAGAGAAGGAUCGAUUAAUCCACGACGAAAACCAAACAGGCGAAGACUCCACCGUGAUCGACAUUCUUGGCUCCUUACUCGCGAAGCACAGCAAAUCGCCAGAGACAUUCAGCGUCGCUGACGCUCGAUAUCACGUCAUUCCCAACAUUCUCGCCGGCGGACACACUACGGCGAUCUCUUUUGCUGCUACUAUGCAUUGUCUGAUGAAAGAUCCGAGGGUUUUGAGUAAGCUCCGGGAAGCUUUAGGGGAUCUGACGAGAGACCAGGAGAGUGGCCACUACUCUUUGAAGCAGACACAGGACUGCACAUAUCUGCAGGCUGUCAUUAAGGAGUCAUUGAGGUUGUUCCCAGCUAUUGGAAACCCUCUCGCCCGAAUGGCUCCAAAAGGCGGAUUGACUAUCCUGGGCAGAUAUUUCCCGGAAGGCACAAUCCUAGGCAUCAAUCCCUGGGUCGCUCACAUCAACCCCUCGGUCUUCGGUGCCGACGCGCAGACCUUCCGACCAGAAAGAUGGCUAGAGAGCCAGGAGAACGCCGACCAUAUGGAACAAUACAUGUUGACUGUGAGUAGUCCCUCCACCCCCCCACAUCCCUUGCCCCCUUCCCCUCCCCAACCACUCCUUACCCAUCCACCUUCCUAA